UGUCACCUCUGGCCCUCCAGCCUCCUCACCUGGGAGCAGAGCCACAUGAUGGUGGUGAAAAUAGAAAAUAGAGUGCGAACUGCGGGGGGAAGGGACCCUUGCAGUGGAGGGCAGGGAGCUGUGGGCUCCUGGGCUCUGGGGGGGCCCUGAGUCCCGCCCCUUCCACCUCCCCGGCUCUCACCGGUCACCUCAGUCAGCGCCCAGCAGCCACCCAAGGCAGGUGCAGGGGCUCUCGGAGCGGUAAGUGGCCCUGCAGGCCUAGCUGCCGGCACACGGGGUGCCCCCCCAGGCUGGAGGCCCCCACCCCACCAGCCUUGACCCUGUCCUCUGUACUCAGGUCCCGGCUGCCUCCCAGGACCCCCCAUGAUGCCCUCGGUGAUGCCUGUUGGCCCUGUCUGGGUGGGUCAGUGCCGCCCCCUCAUCUGCGGUCCUUGGGGGCUCCUCUGAGUCCCUGCCCAUGUCCAUGCCCCCAUGGCGGGCCGGGGGCGGGUGAGCAUGCAGGAGCACAUGGCUAUCGACGUGAGCCCGGGCCCCAUCCGGCCCAUCCGCCUCAUCUCCCACUACUUCCCGCACUUCUACCCCACCGCUGAGCCCGCCCUGCACCCCCCAGACCCACGCCCUCCAGUGACCCCCGUCCGCUCUGCACCCCAGCCCCAGCCAGACCCAGAGCCAGAGGCAGACUCAGACGACAGCACCGCCCUUGGCACCCUCGAGUUCACGCUCCUUUUUGACGUGGACAGCAGCACCCUGCAUUGCACGGCUCACCGUGCCAAGGGCCUCAAGCCACCGGCCUCGGGCUCUGUGGACACCUUCGUCAAAGCCAACCUGCUGCCCGGAGCCAGCAAGGCCAGCCAGCUGCGGACGCACACGGUUCGGGGCACGAGGGGGCCUGUCUGGGAGGAGACGCUCACCUAUCAUGGGUUCACCCUCCAGGAUGCCCGGUGCAAGACCUUGCGGCUAUGCGUGUGUGAAGACCCGUGGCUGCGGCGACGAAGGCGGGUGCCUCCCCUGGGAGAGCUGCGGGUGCCCCUGAGGAAGCUGGUGCCCAACCAGGCCAGGAGCUUCGACGUGUGUCUGGAGAGGCGGAGGCCGACCAAGAGGCCCAAGAGCCUGGACACAGCACGUGGCAUGUCUCUGUAUGAGCAGAAGGUGGAGGUGGAGCCAGCCUCGGAGGAGCGCGGGCGUGUCCUACUGUCGCUGUGCUACGGCUCUCAGCGGGGUGGCCUGCUGGUGGGGGUGCUGCGCUGCGCCCACCUUGCCCCCAUGGACGCCAACGGCUACUCGGACCCCUAUGUCCGCCUUUUCCUGCAUCCCAACGCAGGGAAGAAAUCGAAAUACAAGACCAGCGUCCGGAAGAAGACCCUGAACCCCGAGUUCAACGAGGAGUUCUUCUACGCAGGCCCGCGGGAGGAGCUGGCCCAGAAGACACUGCUGGUGUCUGUAUGGGAUUACGACAUGGGCACGGCUGAUGACUUCAUUGGCGGAGUGCAGCUGAGCAGCCAGGCCGGCGGGGAGCGCCAGCAACACUGGCGAGAAUGCCUGGGCCACAGUGACCGCAGGCUGGAGCUGUGGCACCCGCUGGACGGCGCGCCCCUCCAGCUCAGCGACUAGCAGGACCCCCAGCCUGGCCGGCUCAGUGCCCCUUCCCCAGGCUGACCCACAGUCUCUCUGCGGAGCUGGAAGGCGCCGGACUGCUUCAGCCCCGCUAUUCAACCCCUGGUCAGUUGUUUCCUUCCUUUCUCACUUCCAAAUUCACCCCACCAUCAAAUCAUGAAGCAAGAAUAAACCUCUCCUCCCAAACAGACCAGACAGUCCAUUUUUUCCCUGCCAUCGCCUCACAGGGCAGAAUGGGCCCUGCUCUCCUUGCUCCCACCCUCCAGAGGCCUGCACUGGGCCAGGCCCAGGUCUGGACCCCAGGUCACA